AUUGUGGAGUACAGACAGAAAAAUAAUAGAAAAAAAAAAUCUGAAAAUAAGAGUUUCUUUUUGUCCUCCAUUAAUGGAGGGAAGUUUGUAAAAAAGCAGCCUUCUUCUACUUCUGGCGCCAUUUGAAGACGACCUUUUGUUCAAACUCCUCCAUUUUUCUCCUUAAAAAAAAAAACCUUCUCCAUUCUCUUCUUUCUUCUUUUUUACAACCACGAAACGUUUCAUCCUUUCUCUCAACUUACACUUAUAUAUAUAUUUAUAUAUUUAUCUGUGUGUGGUUUGGUUGAACUUUCAUGGAUGACAAGGAGAGCACGGUUUCUGGGUCACCAGAAAACUCGGGGACUGAGUCACCUCAAGCUCCGCUGGGCAACUCAGUGUCGAGUCAUCAGGUGGCCGUAAACGUGGUAGGAACAGAAGGAAGUUUCGGAUCGACGGCAACGGCGACGUUACCUCCGACGUGUACCGGCGGAGUAGGAACGACGGCGGUGGCUGCGGCGCAGGGUAGCGUUGACUCGCUAGGGAAGAAGAAAAGAGGGAGGCCGAGGAAAUACGACGCUAAUGGGAACUUGAGUUUGGCGUACUUGCAGGGUCUUAAGACAAAGCCACCUUCAGGAACGACACCGUUUACUCUGUCGUCCCCGGUUUCUUCUCCUUCUGAGUUCUCUUCUUCGUCUAAGAAAGGGAAAGUUAGGCCUUCUGGGUCUAGUAGCUGGCAGCUCGCUUCUUUAGGUGAGUUCAAGAACAGUACUACAACUCCCUCAAAUUCAGGUGAAUUGUUUGCUAAAACAGCCGGUGGGGACUUCACACCUCAUGUGGUCACUGUUAAUACCGGAGAGGACGUCGUAGAAACAAUUCUCUCAUUUGUUCAUAAGGGUCCCAGAGGAGUUUGUGUUCUCUCUGCCAAUGGAGCUGUUUCCAACGUCACAAUUCGUCAACCUGGUUCUUCUGGCGGCAUCCUGACAUACGAGGGCCGCUUUGAGAUAUUGUCCUUAUCUGGGUCGUACACUGUUCCUGAGUACUCUACCGGUGCAAGAAAUCGGAGUGGUGGUUUGAGCGUCUCCUUGGCCGGUCCUGAUGGUCGUGUAAUAGGUGGUGGCCUUGCUGGUUUACUAACAGCUGCUAGUCCCAUUCAGAUUGUAGUUGGAAGUUUCAUGCCAAAUGGUUACAAGGUGCAAAAAAGGAAGUACCAUCGAGAGCAAACAGUGGCUUCUCCACCCCCAACAGCUCUAGACUCACCAGUGACAGAGGCAACUCCAAUUUCGCAGGCUAAACCGAACAUGGUCGAACCCUUCUCAAACAAGCCGCCAACCUUUCCGGUGCAAAGCCAUGUAGAAACACAACACAACCCAACAACUACUACCAAAGAGAAUCUGAAUAAUGGUGCCACACCCGUUCGUUUCACAGGUUGGAAUAACGGCUCCUCAGAGUCCAGACCAGACCUUGGUCCAUCUCCUGACAUUAAUGUUUCUGUUCGUGGUGAAUAAUAGCAGUACCACCACAACAACUACCAACAACAACAGUUUUUCAACAUCACUUCCGAAGGCUGACAUGUUUAGUUAACUCUGAGUUAAAACCAAUUCAUUUAAACUGGCUGUUGUUGAUUACAUUAACAAAACUUGUUUUAACAGUUUCGAGAUUAGAUUACAUGAAAUAAUUUUAUAGGUUUGAGACAUAAAUAUAUAUCUUUGUCUUUGUUGGA